UUUAUUCAACUCAUUAUAUUUUACUCGUCCACAUCUAGUCGACCCAACACAAUAUUUUGGGUCACAACAUCAGAUCAUGGGAAAAACACAGAAUUCAAUAUUUACAAGAGAUGAAUUCCGAGUCCAAUUUAUACAGAGAAUCAAACAGGUGUUCUCCGCGUUUAAUCAAUUAAGUAUUAUUCAAACAUCUGUGCAAAAGCAACGGUAAUGAAUAUAUCGUGUAUUAUGAUGUAUUGUUAUUAAAUUUGUGAGUGUUUUUUUUAAUACCAGUGACACGGUUUCAGAUAUUUUAAAAUGGUUAAGCCCCGGAUCGCUCAAGUCCCCCUCUUUUUUUUUUCAUACCUGUUCCGGGGAUGUCCCGUUAACAUCGUACCUUCCAACUCAGUUUAACAGUAUGUUGAACCAAAACGUUAUCCUACAAAGUGUAACCACGUUACUUGUCUCGUUUUAAUGUCUUGUCUUUAAAUGCACAAUGAGUAUGAUUACGUGUCACUAGAAUCCCCUCGACAUGCAAUAUUUUUACACAUUUGACUCACCUUGAGAAUCAACUGCUGAACAUUAAUUUAAAUAAUUUUGUUAUUGCGUCAAAAAAAAAUUCCCUCAUUUUAUUCUGUUGGUAGAUUUAUUAGCCCUUGUUCGUGCACUGACUAAUAUGAACUCGAAACGGAAAAAUUAUUUGACGUCUCAAGGAAAUUGAGGGCGUGUGUUGUUUUACAUUUGUGCAUUGGUGAAGUGAAUAGAAUACGGACUGAUAAGGAUUAAGUUAUUCAGAGCUGAAAUGCCGGGGAAGAAUCAAGUGAAGACCAAUGGAAAUAGUCGUGAAGAGAUGGCUGAUUAUACUUCGACGGGGGGAAAGAAGAAAUCAAAUUUUGUUGCUUAUUUUUUAUGGAUGUUUGGCGGCUUUUUUGGAGCACAUCAUCUGUACUUGGAGAGGAUUGAUCAUGCUAUUGUUUGGGCGACGACAAUGGGUGGGUAUUUUGGAAUCGGAUGUUUUAGGGACAUGUGGAGAAUACCCACUUACGUCAAAGAUGCUAAUGAAGACCCGAAUUAUAUCGAAAUUUGGAAGAUCAUUGUUAGGCAAAAUAGAAAGCCUCCAUUUUCUACAGCUCGAUUUAUCGGUGCAUUAGCAACUGGACACUUGUGGGGCGAAUUAGUUCGUUGUGCUAUUCCUGAAGACGAAAUGUAUGGAAUUAAUUUCAAACCUCUUCUGUACAUUGUCCCAGCAGUUAUUGCUGUAGGUGUGUGGGUCGUUGGAAAUAUUGGAAGAGAACAAGGAUCGAUAUGGCUGUCGUUAAUGACUGCGUACAUGAUGUACCCGUUGCUGUACUACAUCGGUGAUGAGUCCACUUGGGUUAAUAUUGUGGCUGUUAUAACUGCUUUGGCAUUUGACACAUUCAGCAAAGAGUGGAGACUCAAACCAAAAAAGAGGCAUUCAGUCACUCGAUCUCUCGCUGUUUAUACCAUUUCUGUGAUAAUUUUCUGGAGCCUCUUGACCAGUUACUUUUACUUCAAUGCAACACUCACUGAUAGUGAGGGUGAGGAAAUUAAAGUCACUGAGGCUGUUAAGCAUUUCUUUACUUCACCCAUAUGGCUUGAUCUGAAGGUAACAUUGGGAGCUACUUGGGAGCAAGCGAAAAAUCAAGGAUUCUGGGCAACUUGGAGACAGCUGGUGGAUCUUUCUGAUCCUCGAGGGGAGAUAAACGCUUACAGGGUAUUAGAUUUAUCCACAACCGCUUCCGAAAGUGAAAUCACGGCGAAAUGGAGGACUCUGUCGAAGGAACAUCAUCCUGACAAGGUCAAGGGCAAUGAGGACGAAAAAAAGGCUGCGCAAGAGAGAUUCAUGGAGAUCCAGCAAGCUUACGAGAUAUUAUCUAAGAAAAAGACUAGAAGACAACGGAAAAAUCGAAGAGCUGGAUGAUGAUGUUUAAUUUUAAAUAUUCUAUGGCCACCUCAUCCUCUAGGAUGAAUUUCUACUUUCCCAAAUAAAUUCUAAAUUAUUACAUUAA